GUCUCCUCAGAAAAAAAAACAGAUCUUUAAUAUUUCAGCAGCAAAAAAUCUAGGCAAUCAAGGUAUAUAUUUUUGUUUUCUUAAGCAGAUAAGUGCCAGAUGUACGGACAGAGCGAGACCACGGCGGAAUCCGAUUACGCUUUGCUCGAGUCAAUCCGACGACACUUGCUGGAUGACUCGGAGGUCCGACUCAGCGAGUCGCUGGCGAGUUCGGCUGCGAUUAAAGGUACAAGCGGCCGCAGCGUCGUCAGACCCGUGUAUGGACGGACUUCGAGCUUCAGCAAGUUGCACCCUUGUUUUACGGAGAGAUGGGGAGAUUUGCCACUGAAAGAGAACGAUUCCGAGGACAUGUUAGUGUACGGAAUCCUCAGGGACGCCUUCCACGGCGGCUGGGACCCAUUGCCGGAAGAUCGGAACUUGCUCGAUUAUUUUCCGGCGGUCAAAAUCGAGCCAUCGGAGAAUCUCUCGUCAACGGCGCCGAUACCGGUGUCGGGGAAGCAGAAUCCGGUUCCGGCGGCGGCGCCGUCGAAGGGGAAGCACUACAGGGGGGUUAGGCAACGGCCGUGGGGGAAAUUCGCCGCGGAGAUUAGGGAUCCGGCGAAAAACGGGGCUAGGGUUUGGCUGGGGACGUUCGAGACGGCGGAGGACGCGGCGUUGGCGUACGACCGAGCCGCCUUCCGGAUGCGAGGUUCCCGUGCCUUGUUGAAUUUUCCGUUGAGAGUGAAUUCUGGCGAACCCGACCCGGUUCGGAUCACGUCGAAGAGAUCGUCUUCGUCAUCAUCGUUGGAAAACGGAUCUCCGAAGCGGCGGAGGAAGGCGGAGAUCUCGCCGGAGAGGGGAGAUAAGGCGGGUCAGGUUAAGUGUGAGGUGGAUCCAUGCACACGUGGCGGACAAUUAUUGGUUUCCUAGUGGAGAGAGGCCCAUAAAAAAAACAAAACGAGAAAAGUUUUUUGUGAAUAUUUGGAUUUAUUUGUUAAUUAUCUUUUAGUAAUGCGGUCUGGUUGUCUCUCGCCUUCUUGCCAAGUUGACACCACACCACCACUACAAAGAUAAAAAUAAAAUUGAAAACGCCAACCUUUGCGAUUGA